AUGAAUAUCGGAGUUAUUUAUAAAUUAACAUGUACUAAAUGUGAAAAAGUGUACAUUGGACAAACACAAUUUGAUGUGAAUCAUCGUAUGAAUCAGCAUAAAAAUGGAUUAAGAAAAGAAGGAAACAGUGCUGCAGCUGAUCAUAUCCUUCAUAAUAAAGAACAUACAAUUGAUUUCGAUAAACCAGAAGUUCUUGCACAAGAGAAAUAUUCAAAUCAAUUGAAUUUCAAUCAAACAGAUGCAUUUAGAAAUACCGAUUAUGGUUUAUUGUUCUGGUCUUCACCUAAACAAGCUUCAUUUGAUACACAAUUCCUUCAAAGAUUAAUCACUGCUGGUCACUCGAUUGAUUGUAAUAAUGAAGUAGCAAUCAAUCCUCUAUCAUUUGAUUAUAUGCAUUCGUCAUCGAACACUAUUUAUCCAUAUCGACUUAUCAAAUCUAAUCAUCCUUCGAAUUCUGUCCGAGUAUCACCAUUGAUCAAUGCGAUUGUUCAUAAUCAUUUUGAAUUAGCUGCGUUCACACUUGAACUGGGUGCUGAUGUGAACUUUCUAGAUGAAGAGAAACGAACACUCCUGAUGUAUACUGUCAGACAGAACAAUAUCAAUAUGGUUAGGUUACUUCAUGAUAGACAUUACAAUACCCUAGAUAGUAAUCGAUAUUCAACUAAUAAUGGUUCGAUACGGCCACUACAAACUCGAAAAAAACCGAAAGGAUUCUUUCAUGGUGUUACAACAACUUCAGCACAACGUUCAGAUCGUCUGGAGAAUGAUGAUAAUAUCGAUGAGAAUGAGACAGAAACUAUUAAGACAUCAUCGAUUGAUCUCGAUGCUAAUGGCGCACUUGGUCGUACAUGUAUUCAUCAUCUAGUUCAACCAUUUCCUGACGGUUCUUAUAUCAAUAAUAGGAAACUACUUAAAUUACUUCAUAGUUUUGGUGCUUCAUUAACUCAAAUUGAUUCAAGUGGACUUUCAUCAUUCGAUAUUAGUGUCAACAUUUAUGUGAUAGUUUAA